UGAUUCAAAUGAUUCAUCACCAGAACAGGCAGAUUUUGAUAUGGAUGUAUCAGCAGGUUUUAAAUUAGAAAGUGAUUAUAAUUCAAUGAAUAUUCCAAUUGAAAUUAAUUUAGAUUCUUAUGUUUCUGAAAACUUUAUACUCUCAAGUGGUGCUUCACCAAUAAUAGAAGUUGCAAAUUUACCUCAAUUAAAUAAAAAUAUUAACAAUAACAAUAAUAAUAAUAUAUUAACUAAUAGCAACAAUGAUACAAACUCUACAGCAUCAACUCCUAUGAAUCUAGAUACAAUGGAACCUAUCGAUACAAAUCAUAUGGUUUUAAAUGAUAAAGAAAUUCAAAAUAAUAGUAAUAUUACAGAUUCAAUUUUAACAGUUGAUACAAAUAGUAAUAAUAAUGAACAACAUCAAAAUUUAGAGUCAUUGCAAAUCGAAUUAGAACCUGUUAUUCAAGUAGAACUACUUGAACAACCACCAUCACAACCAAAAGAAGAUCAAAAUGUAAAUAAACCUUUAGAACAACACCAACACCAAUUAAACAACUCUUUAAAUCAUCAUGAAGAAUUGGUAUUAAAUACAGACACUUCAAAUUCAACUAUUGAAGAAUCAGUGCAAACCAAUACUUUACCAACACCACAUAUAAAUUUAGAUGGAACCAUUAUAGGAAAUGAACUAUUAAGUACAACUAGCAACCUUAUGAAUUCAGAACCAUCACCACUUGUAAAAAUUGAAUUAGACGAUCUUAAAAAAUCAAACUAUGAUAAUAUAAAUAAAAAAGGAGGAAUCAGCCCAAAUAAAACAACUACAGCUUCAACCCUUAAUGCCACUGUUUCACCAACAACCAGUGCAAACAAUUUCGAAUAUAGCUUAUAUAUGGAUAUUUUAGGUGCUCCAAGCAGUACAUCAUCAAUGAAAAGAAAAAGAGAUGAAGAUAACCAAAAUAUUAAUAAUCAAAACGCUGGUAUUGUAGUUCAGCAAAAUGGUGACUUUUUUAAUGAAUUUAAUUCUUCAAUUACUGAAGCUCCAUACAGCUCAUCACAACUUUCUUUCCAAACACCUUUUAGUCCAGAUAUUGUUGUAGAUAAUGAUUUUCAAAUUAAAAAACGUAUAGUUUCAUAA